AUGGACUUUCUCAAGAAAAAGAUGAAGGAGUUACUUGACGACGACGACAAGCCCAAGGACAAGCCCACUGAUUCCACUGCCUCAAGCUCGCAGCCUUCCCACGGUGACUCUCACGGAACACCUGACGGUGCUGCUCCUCCUGGUGACCGUAGUCUCUCCGAUGGUUACUAUGGCGGCGGCGGUCAGGGUGGUCCUCCCCAACAGCAGGGAUAUGGUCAGCCACCUCAGCAACAGUACGGCCAACCGCCACAGCAGGGGUAUGGUCAGCCACCUCAGCAACAGUACGGCCAACCGCCACAGCAGCAGUAUGGCGCGCCUCAAGAUUAUGGCCAGCCCCAGGGCUACCCUCCUCAGUACAAUCACGGCCCUCCCACAACUCAGGGUCCUCCAGCUCCGUACGGUGCUCCGCCUCCAAUGCCACCAGGCUGGACCCAGCAGUGGGACCAGAACAGCCAGCGUUGGUUCUACAUUGAACAGGCCACAGGUCGCACCCAGUGGGACCCUCCCUCCAACCUGCCCCCUGGUCCAUACGCUCCCCCAGGUCCAAACGCACCCUACGCUGCCGGGGCUGGCCACGACGAGCGUGGCCUCUUCGGCAACACUCACGGACACAGUGGUCAUGACUACAACACGGCGCCAGGCGCUCCCGCUGAUCCCUACAAGGCAGAGAAGGAGAAGAAAGACAAGGGUCACUCGACCGCCAUGCUUGCAGCUGCGGGCAUCGGCGGUGUCGCUGCGGGCGCUUGGAUUGGCCACGAGCUGACAGAGGACUCGGACGACGAGAAGAAGCAGAGCUACGCUGCUCCCGCUGCUCCCGCUGCGGCUGCUGCACCUGCGGCUGCUGCCCCAGCCGCAUAUGCCGCCCCUCCUCCUGCUGACCCCUACGCUAACGACCCGUACGGUGACCAAGCUUUCCAGGAGCCUCCACCGGUCCCUACUCACGACGAAGAUGGCAGCUCCAUCUCAAGUAGUGACCGCGAGUCGCUUGAGGAGAAGCGCGAGGAGCUCAUCGAGGCGCAAGAAGAGUAUCAGGAGGAGCUCGAAGAAGCGUACGACGACUGA